AUGGUCAAAGGAAUUGCCGCAUUACUGCCCCAAGCCCUAAACGAUUUCCUUGGUAUUCUUGUAUCACGAGGUAAUCAGAUCAUAUCGAUCGCAUUCCUCAUUCCUCAGAUCAACCAGUCUUAUUACGUCAUUAUCGAUCGAAGCUUUGUUGUUCGCCGCCUGCUCCAUCAACCGGUAGAUUUUUCUCGAUCGGCUUCAUCCCUACCUCGAUCCUCCCUAAAUCAGAGGUACUAUCCUUGAUCCUCCCUAAAUCCCUUCCUCGGUUCCUCCUUCUCUACUCUUCUGUGAACUUAGCCGGUCAUGAUUUUGUUUCAGAACUUCUAAAUCUUCCGGUGAAUUUUGUUUCAGAACUAAAAUUAUUGUUCAUUACGCAUUACAGAACAUCCUUGUAUCACACUCUCAUACACAUUUAACACAGAUACACCUCUACUGCUCUUUUAAAAGGAUUUUGUCAACCAAAUGGUUAAAUGUCAUAUGACUUUAUGUAGAAAAUAAGCAUACAUUGUAUGAUGAGUUUAUUGAUCAAAACUAGAGACGAAAACUACAUUCUGUUGUGGUCUACUGAUGAUAGAAUUAAGAUAACUUGGUGAUGAAAACUAGAUUAUGCAGUAACUAUGCUUUUGUGUGGUACAUCACAUUACAAACACCUCACUCAUAUGUAUCAAUCGCUGUCACAUUUAAUUUCUCUGGUGGAGUGAUUAUACAAUAAUCAGGUCAUUCUUCCUUUGUUGCUCCCAACUGAAAAGUUCCAAGGACAAAACAGUCUUUUCAGCAUUAAACAAAUAAAUGGUACAUAAAUCCUUUUCAUUUUAUUAACUUGUACCUUUCUUAGUUCUGUGCAAAUGGCAAUCAUCCUUUCGGUCUCUUUUACCCUCCAGCUAGCCACUACCAAAUAUCACAAGAACUAUCAACGUCAAGUUUGCUACUUUUCUUUAAAGAAGUAAGAGUAAAUUACGGCUUUUUCCCCUGUGGUAUGUCAAAAGUUGUGGUUUAGGUCCAGAUGUGGUCCCUAAUGUUUCUAAUCAUUAAACUGAGAAAACAUUUGAUUUUAGGUUAGAUUUUAUUGGACUUUUAGAUCAUGAUUUUGUUCAAUUUUGAUUUUUUAGUUUUGGUUGAAUUUGGUUACAUGUCAGAGUUAAAAAAAAAAAGAGAUUGUAUGGUUUUCAUUAGGGACCACGCAUGUAAAUCAAUGAAACAGCCGGACUAAAACCAUAACUUUCGACAUAAUGCAGGGCCAAAGUUGUAAUUUUACUCAAACUUAUUUACAAGAAUCAUACCGUCUCUAAUGGUAUUUGAAUGCAUUUUUCUUCUAUUUCAGACACUAUUACCUUCACUUUCAUUUUCUCAAGUCUCUUCUUUAGCCAUUCAGUUCUUAAACAUACUUAUGUUGUGUUUCUCUUUUUACCAUCGAGUGUUGUUUGGACAACUGGUAUUUAAAUCAUCUUUGUUGAAAGGUGGCUAGAGUGAAAUAUGUGGAUACUAAGAGGACAUCAGGCAGUUACUUUCAUCAUAUAUUUACUGAGGCUAUAGUAUUGGAGAGGAGUUUAAUACUUAAGUAUGUAGUAAAUAAGUCAACAACAAAGUAAAAAAGAAAUGCCUCUAUUUUUACUGUAAAUCCAAAACAGAAGCAAUUCUAAGUCCAUAUUGUGCAUUGUUCUCUUCGUUUUCUUUUAAGCUCUUUGUGAUGUACUAUAUCUUUAUAUUAUUAUAUAUAUGAUUGAGAAAUUGUUAUCAAUAAUUUAAAAUUCAAUAUGUGAUUUUGUAAUUUGCAAUUGUAUUAUUGUGAUUUCUUUUUAAGGUGAACAUGGGUUAGAUAGUCUACAGUUAGCCUUUCCUUACCUUUUGACAUUGUUGGGUUUUGGUUUGUGGAAAUAAUGUCGAGACAAAAGUCGAGAUUGAGAAUUUGAAGAAGUUAGUUGAGACACAACGCGAACAAUAUGAAGAUAUUCAACAAAAAUAUGAGGAUGUUCAGCAAAAAUAUGAGGAUGCUCAGAAAAAGAAUGUGGAGUUUCAGCAGAAAAAUGUGGAUGUUCAAGCAAAGUUUGAACAACAACUUGCACAAGCCAUGAAUGUCAUUAACACAUUGAGUGAACAGGUCAAAACUUUUAUUAAUCAAUGAUAGAAUAUUAUGUAUCGAAUAAUGUUUUACGUUAAAUUUGUAGCGACU